UAAAAGCCCAAACUGAUGAAAGCCACGCCUCCAUAUACCUCUUCUCUCCCCUUUCCCGGCGAAACCCUCCCCUCCCUCUCCUACUCUCUCACCUCCGCCGCCGCCCUCUACACACGUCAGCUCGUCCAGCAGUGAAGAUUUCCACAAUUGGAGGCGAUUUCAAGCUUCAAAUUCAAGCGUAGAUUCACCCUGAGAAGUACAAGAUGGUAGUGAGAGAAGACGAUGCUGAUUUGUUCAAUGGUUUACAUGAGAAAGGACUGAAUAUCGACAAACAAGCUCUUGCUGCCCCGGUGAAGAAGGCCGUGGACAAGUUCAAAUUAGUCCCCGAGUUUUUGAAGGUGAGAGGUCUCGUCAAACAACAUUUGGAUUCCUUUAAUUUCUUUGCACGGAUUGGGAUAAAGAAGAUUGUUCAAGCCAAUAAUCUCAUCACCCAUAGCCGAGACCAAAAUAUUUUUUUGAGAUACAAAGAAGUAAGAGUUGGUGAACCAUCACUGAUGAGUGACUCUGUCACUGAUAACCUUACCCCCCAGAAGUGUCGUCUGUACGACAUCACCUAUGCAGCUCCAAUAUACGUGAACAUAGAGUAUUCGAAUGGUGCAAAUGAAAGGGUUCAAUCGAAGAAUAAUGUCAUUAUUGGGAGAUUGCCUAUCAUGCUAAAAAGUUCCUGUUGUGUAUUGUAUGAGAGGGAUGAAGAAGAACUUGCCAGAUAUGGUGAAUGCCCACUUGAUCCUGGAGGAUAUUUCAUAGUUAAAGGGACAGAGAAGGUGAUUUUGAUGCAAGAACAACUUUCAAAGAACAGAAUAAUCAUUGAUACUGAUCAAAAAGGAUGUGUGCAAGCAUCUGUUACAAGCAGUUCGGAGACCAGAAAAAGUAAGACUGUCAUAAGGAUUGAGAAAGAGAAGAUAUAUCUUCACCUGAAUGGGUUUACAAGCAAGGUUCCCAUUAUGAUAGUCCUGAAAGCUAUGGGUAUGGAAAGUGAUCAGGAGGUUGUCCAGAUGAUUGGAAGAGACCCUCGAUACAGUGAAUUGCUAUUGCCUUCGAUCGAGGAUAGUGUGAAGGAAGGUGUACAUACACAAUCUCAGGCCCUGGAAUUUCUUGACCGAAAGGUUCAGAAGUCCCAAUUUUAUACACCAAUAGUGAAGGAAGGGCGUGCUCUAAAAAUUCUUCAGGAAACAUUUCUUGCCAAUGUUCCUGUGCAUGAAAACAAUUUACGUCCAAAAUGCAUAUAUGUUGCUGUAAUGCUGAGACGCAUGAUUGAAGCAAUAUUAAACAAGGAUACAUUGGAUGAUAAGGAUUAUGUGGGCAAUAAAAGAGUGGAGCUAUCUGGCCAAUUGCUAGCACUACUUUUUGAGGACUUAUUCAAGACAAUGAAUGAAAUGGCCCAACAAAAGAUUGAAGCCCUCCUAAAUAAGACAGCGCGUACUUCUCGGUUUGACAUUUCCCAGCAUAUAAGGAAUGACUGCAUUACUAAUGGUUUAGAAAGAGCUCUCUCUACCGGAAAUUGGGAUAUCAAAAGAUUCAGGAUGAACAGGAAAGGCAUGUCACAGGUUUUAGGUAGACUCUCAUACAUAGGAACUGUAGGGCACAUGACAAGGAUCGCUCCACAGUUUGAAAAAUCUAGAAAAGUCAGCGGCCCUAGAGCUUUACAGCCUAGUCAGUGGGGAAUGUUGUGCCCUUGUGAUACUCCAGAAGGUGAAUCUUGUGGGUUGGUGAAAAAUCUGGCACUGAUGGCGCAUGUUACAACUGAUGAAGAUGAGCGCCCUCUCAUUGCUCUGUGCUACGCUCUUGGGGUGGAAGAUUUGGAAUUGCUCUCUGCCGAAGAACUUCACAUGCCAGAUUCGUAUUUAGUUAUGUUCAAUGGACUUAUUCUUGGCAAGCACAAAAUGCCACAAACAUUCGCCAAUUCAAUGAGAAAACUGCGAAGGGCUGGGAAAAUUGGCGAGUUUGUAAGCAUUUUCGUUAAUGAAAAACAGCGCUGUGUUUACCUUGCUUCCGAUGGUAGUCGUGUUUGUCGUCCACUUGUAAUUGCCGACAAAGGUGUAUCAAGAAUUAAGGAGCACCAUAUGAAAGAGCUGAGGGAUGGAGUCCGCAACUUUCAGAGUUUCCUGAAAGAAGGCUUGAUUGAAUACCUUGAUGUAAAUGAGGAGAACAAUGCUUUGAUCGCCUUAUAUGAAGAGAAUGCUAGAGAAGAAACGACCCAUAUUGAAAUAGAGCCUUUUACCAUAUUGGGCGUGAUUGCCGGGUUGAUACCUUAUCCUCAUCAUAACCAGUCACCAAGAAAUACAUAUCAGUGUGCUAUGGGGAAACAAGCUAUGGGCAAUAUUGCAUAUAAUCAGUUGUGUAGGUUUGACAGUUUAAUCUACCUCUUAGUUUAUCCACAACGGCCAUUACUAACUACACGAACAAUUGAGCUGGUCUCCUAUGAUAAACUAGGAGCUGGACAGAAUGCUACUGUUGCAGUUAUGAGCUAUAGUGGAUAUGACAUAGAGGAUGCAAUUGUUAUGAAUAAGUCAUCAUUGGAUCGUGGUUUUGGUCGAUGCAUUGUAAUGAAAAAACUGGUAGCAAUUAACCAGAAGUAUGCAAAUGGCACCUCUGAUCGCAUUAUUAGACCCCAAAGAGAUGGACAUGAUGCUGAACAAACACAGAUUUUGGAUGAUGAUGGAUUAGCAUCUCCUGGAGAAAUAAUUCGUCACCGUGAUAUCUAUAUCAACAGGCAGUCCCCCAUAGACACAAAAAGCGGAGGCAGUAUCAGCAACACCGUAAAGCUUAAGGAUAGUCAAUAUAAGUCAAGUAAACAAUAUUACAAAGGUACUGAAGGAGAUACAGCUGUCGUUGAUAGAGUGGCACUCUGCACUGACAAGAAUAGCAACUUAUGUAUCAAAUAUAUGAUUCGUUCUACUCGUAGGCCAGAGGUUGGUGACAAGUUUAGUAGCCGUCAUGGACAAAAAGGAGUUUGUGGCACCAUUGUUCAGCAGGAAGAUUUCCCAUUUUCUGAACGUGGAGUAUGUCCAGAUUUAAUCAUGAAUCCUCAUGGAUUUCCUAGCCGUAUGACUGUUGGGAAGAUGAUAGAACUUCUUGGUAGCAAGGCUGGCGUUUCUUGUGGUAGGUUUCACUAUGGCAGUGCAUUUGGGGAGCCUAGUGGUCACGCAGAUAAAGUUGAGACUAUAAGUGAAACCCUUGUGAAGCAUGGUUUCAGCUACAACGGGAAGGACUUUCUCUACUCAGGCAUCACCGGCGAGCCACUGCAGGCAUAUAUUUUCAUGGGGCCCAUCUACUACCAAAAGUUGAAACACAUGGUCCUUGAUAAAAUGCAUGCUCGAGGUAAUGGGCCACGUGUUAUGAUGACUAGACAACCCACAGAAGGGAGGAGUAAAAAUGGAGGUCUGAGGGUGGGUGAAAUGGAGCGUGAUUGCUUGAUUGCGUAUGGAGCGAGUAUGUUAAUACACGAGCGCUUGAUGCUCUCGAGUGAUCCUUUCGAAGUUCAGGUAUGCCGCAAGUGUGGCUUGAUGGGGUAUUACAACGAGAAGCUCAAAACGGGUAUCUGUUCCAUGUGCAAGAAUGGGGAGAAUAUAUCCACAAUGAAAAUGCCAUAUGCUUGCAAACUUCUAUUCCAGGAGCUACAGUCCAUGAACAUCGUCCCGCGUUUGAAACUAACAGAUGUAUGAACGUGGGCAUCGCAUGCGUCACACUGUACAUAAUAGUUUUGGUGAUAAUAUACCUUGUGUUGGACCUUAGGGGUUUUUUCUUUUCAUAAAUUUUGUGAAAUAGUGAAGGAUUAAAUUAUGUUUCUUUUGUUCAUAUUUUGGGAUUUGAGAUCUUA